AAUCACACUAUGAGCCUACUGAGCCUGUAACUCAGCGGUAUAACCCGUGAAAACAAUAUGGCGGCGUUGGGAGUGCCGAGAAAAUGUGAAUCGCAUUAUCCUUAAUUCACCAAGUAUCCACCCUGAGAACCUAGGAGCAUACGUACUUUGCCAUGUCACACGUGUUUACAGACUCGAUGGACCCACUUUUGCACCUAUCUGCAACAAAACUCGCAAAGAAAAUACGUGAGUUGGAAGUCAGCUCGGAAGAGGUGAUUGAGAUCUACAUAAAACGGAUACGGGAAAUCAACACUAAAAUAAACGCGGUAGUCGACGACUGCUUUAGAGAAGCGAUCGAUGAAGCAAGAGAUGUAGAUGAACUUUUAAAGAAUAUGGGAAAGGAUGAAAGAGAAAAAAUGGGAAAGAGAAAGCCUUUACUGGGAGUGCCCUUUACUGCCAAGGAGUCUUUCUCUGCCAAAGGGAUGCCAAACUGCAGUGGUCUGAUGGCGCGGAAGGAUUUCCGUGCUGCAGAGGAUGCACCAGUUGUCGAGCGACUUCGCCUAGCGGGCGCUAUCCUGAUUGCUGUUACUAACUGCAGCGAGCUGUGUAUGUGGUGGGAAUCGGCAAACAGGGUGUAUGGUCGCACAUGCAAUCCGUUCGAUACUGCAAGGAUUGCAGGAGGGAGUUCUGGAGGAGAGGGUGCGGUCCUUGGUGGGGCGGGGUCUGUGAUUGGGAUAGGUGCAGAUAUCGGUGGAAGCAUCAGGAUGCCAUCAUUUUUCAACGGUGUGUUUGGCCACAAGCCUAGCCCUGACGUGGUACCCAAUGCUGGCCAGUUUCCCAAUGCUGAGGGGCAGGAAGUGCAUUUCCUGUGUACUGGGCCCAUGUGCCGCUAUGCAGAGGACCUGCUACCACUGUUGCAGAUCAUGGCGGGUGAAAAUGGUGUUAAACUCAAGCUUGACGAAGAAGUUGAUGUGUCUAAACUCAAGUUUUACAGUAUUGAAGAUGGUGUUGGCAAUUUCCUAGUGUCCAAACUGGAUUCCGAGCUGCGGGAAGCUCAACGCAAUGUCUGCAGUAAACUAGAAGAAAAACUUGGGGUUAAAGUGGAGGUCAUAAUGAUGGGGAAGUUUCAGUAUUCCCUGCAGAUCUGGGCCCGUAUGAUGGCGACUUCUGGAGGAAAGCCCUUCUGUCACUAUAUGGGGAAUGAGGUUGAACAAGUUAACCCUUUUUGGGAGUUUCUGAAGGCCAUAUUUGGCCUGUCCUCCCACACCUUACCUGCUAUAGGACUUGGUAUGCUAGAGAAGUUUGAGUCCCUAGUCCCUCAGGGCACCACUCAGGCAUACCUCCAAAUGGCCCAAGAGCUGCGUCAGGAGCUGCAAAGAAUUCUGGGUGAAAAUGGUGUAUUAAUCUUCCCAUCUCAUCCUACUCUAGCAUUGCGUCACAAUAUGCCAAUGUUUUACCCAUUUAAUUUUGCUUAUACUGGUAUUUUUAAUGUUCUUUAUAUGCCCUCAACCCAGUGCCCUGCUGGAUUAAGUAAGUCAGGGUUGCCCAUGGGUGUCCAGGUUGUCGCGGCAAAUGGGCAGGAUCACCUUACACUUGCGGUUGCUAUGGUGAUUGAGGAACUUGUUGGGGGUUGGGAUAGACUCUGUGCCAGCAAACAAAAAAUAUGAUGCUGAAGAAAAUACAAUAUCAAUCCUUUAGGGUCAAAAAUAAAAAAUAAAAUUAAUACAAUAAUAUUAAUGAUAGCUUAUUAUUCCUGUAAGGAUGUCUUUAUUAUUUCAGAAAUUAUUUUGAUAUUAUGAAAUUAUAUAUUAAAUAUAUAUUUAUUUAUGUCAGUAGGAAUAUCUUGACUCUCGGGUAAAAUAUGAGAAGUUGUGCAAAGUACUAUUUAUUAUACUGUCAUCAUUAUUAUUAUUAAUUUUGUAACAUAUUUUUAUCACAAAUGAGUACUUAAUUACAUGAUGUAAAUGAUUAUCAAGUGGGAAAAAAUAUAAAUUAAAAUUGGCAUUCGGAAAA